UUUACUCUGGAGAAAAGGGAAGAGGAGGGGAGGAGGAACACGCGCCGGUAGUGGGAUGGACGGGUAAAGCAUGGAGUCGCGCAUAUUUGAGCUGCCAGAGGCGAGACGAGCACUUCACAGAUGAAUGACUGACGGGUCGCUCUUCUCAGACGCCCCCCUACAAAUCCCAGACCCCAUUCAUUACCUUAAAUAACGACUGAACUCCGAGUUCGGGAUAUUUCUGACUUUCUGUAACGGGUGAGCGCAGCUCUUAAGAUUUUUUGAGCAUCUGGACACAUCGCUGAGGAAACCAUGGAGACGGAUUCAUCCCAGUUAGCGAGUAACGGAGCGAAUGAAAGUGAGCCUCUACCGGUGGACUAUCCCGGAGGAGAGAUGCCAGCUUCUCUCGGUGUCCGGAGAGGCUCCAGCGUGAAGAAACAUCACCACAAACACAACCUGAAGCACCGCUACGAGCUGUUCGAAACCCUCGGGAGAGGAACAUAUGGAAAAGUAAAGAAAGCCAUAGAGAGGCACACUGGACGAGUGGUGGCGAUUAAAUCCAUCCGAAAGGAGAAGAUUAAAGAUGAACAAGACAUGGUGCACAUCCGCAGAGAGAUCGAGAUCAUGUCUUCUCUCCGCCAUCCACACAUCAUCUCUAUAUACGAAGUGUUCGAGAAUAAGGAUAAGAUUGUGAUCGUGAUGGAAUAUGCCAGUAAGGGCGAGCUGUACGAUUACAUCAGCGAGCGCCGAAGGCUCAGCGAACGGGAGACCAGACACUUCUUCAGACAGAUUGUCUCUGCUGUUCAUUACUGCCACAAGAACGGAGUAGUACACCGAGAUCUCAAGCUGGAAAACAUCCUCCUGGAUGACAACGGUAACAUUAAGAUUGCAGAUUUUGGUUUGUCCAACCUCUACCACAAGGACAAGCUUCUUCAAACGUUCUGCGGCAGUCCGCUGUACGCCUCCCCUGAGAUUGUGAACGGACGACCGUAUAAAGGCCCGGAGGUUGACAGUUGGGCUCUGGGCGUAUUACUAUACACUCUUGUGUACGGAACAAUGCCCUUCGAUGGAGGAGACCACCAAAGACUCAUUCGCCAGAUCAGCAACGGAGAAUACAGAGAACCACCACAGUCAUCAGACGCUCGUGGUUUGAUCCGCUGGAUGUUGAUGGUAAAUCCAGAUCGCAGGGCUACAGUUGAGGACAUUGCAAAUCACUGGUGGGUGAACUGGGGCUGGAAGACCAGCGUUUGCGACUGCCAAACGCAAAGGGAGAACAGCUCACCCAUGCUGGCCCGCUUCAUUGACUGGCAGAACCGCACCGAGGUCCGUCCAGGCAAAGUUCAACGCCCAGAGCCUGGUAACACUACUAAUGGCACUAAUACAGCCAUGACUCCAGCCCGGCGUCUGAGAAAAUCCAUGAAGGAGAAUGAUGGUGGGAUGUGGGGUGUUGCAGAGGACAAGCCAGGCCUCAAGAGACCAAAGAGCAUCCUGAAGACUCGGGCGACCAGCGGAGACCAGCGAUCCCAGAGUCUGUGCGAAGUAGAACUCAGAAGGUCCAUUUGCUAUCAAGAUGUCGAGUCCGGCUCGAGUCCAGAGCGAGAAGACACUCUGGGUGGCUCGCCAGCCAAAAUGGUGUCCAUGUUACCCAAGAAAGGCAUUCUGAAAAACAAUCAGCAGCGUGAGUCCGGGUAUUACUCCUCGCCUGAGCGCAGCGAAUCCUCCGAACUGUUAGGGGGCGCUACUGUGCAGCCUCCGAAUAGCUCCCCACCCAAACGGACUGUCGGGAGGAAAGGUAUACUGAAGCGUAAUGGGAAAUAUUCCACGCACAGUGCCGUGGGAAUCCAUGGAGAGGCCCAGGCAGACUCAACUGGCUCGCGGAGCCAAAGCAGACCCUCCAGCAUCUUGUACGAGGAGACGGGUCUUUCCAGCAUGGGGUUGGACUGGCCGCCCGCCUCUCCGAAACCCAACAUCCGGGGCUCGCUGUCGGCCGAAGACUUGCUGCAGAUGGCUGGGUACAGGGGCCUUCAGACCGUGCCGCCCCUUCCCGGUGGAAAGGGCAUCCGCAGCCCUCCUGGUUCCCCUGGAGACAAUGGGAGCUUCUCCUUGCUGGGUGAUCUGGAUGAUGUCACCCAGGUGUACCAGAAAGCCCUGGACAUCAGCAGCCAGCUAGGCUAGACUUGGACAAAAAGGCGGAGAGACUGGAAGAGUGAAUGAUUCCUAGCUUGUCCUUCUCAUCACAGUGCUGCUGGGUAAAUGUUUACAGGUCGAGAAGCGGGACAUUUCAAAUCUCCAUUCACCAACUCGUGUUGAUGAGCAUUUCUCAUGAUAUUCUCGUUUUAGACUCGACAGUCGAAGGGGAACAACGGAAGCACUUUAAAGCGGCUGUUCUCCGACAUGCAGCACGUAAUGACAGCUGGGAUUGUGUUAUUGUAUAAGUUACUGUAUUCAUCUGUCAUUCAUGGUUUGGACAUUUUAAAAACACCAAGGCCAUUUCAUAGUUUAUGGGAGAGCGUUUUCAUCGAUACAGGUCAUGCAUUAUAAGAAAAAUGUUAGAUAAAAGCCAUUUGAACAUCUGUAUAAUAAAUUCUCAUUGUAUAAUACCAGCAAUUUCAGUGAAGUACAUGCACAGCAGUACAUCAGUUGUGCUAAGACUUAAAGGAAAGGAAUGUUUUUGAGAAUUUGAAAAGGUGUAGGGUUAAUAUACAAAAAAUAAGAGCAUUUUGUCUUUAUUAGGUUAUCUUCUGUAAACUGUUUUGACUACACUUACAGAAAAGUACCAAAAGGUACUACAGUACUACCAUGUUUUUUUUUUUUUUAACAUGUAUCAUGGUACUACCAUGGUAUUGUUGGGAAAAAAAUGCUAAUUUAUUAUUAUUAUUUUAAAAUAAAAUAAAAAAAAGUCCGUUAACUUUGGCAGCCCUAAAAUACUACAAAUAAUGACUACCAAUUAACUAAAAAAUAAAAAAACGAGGGGAAAAAAACUAAACGAAUAUGAAAAUUCAAAAUACAAUGAAAUUCCAAGUUCUAAUAACUCUGUUAAUUUCAGCAUGUACUAUGGUAUAUAUCAAAGUGCGGUGAUAUUACCUUCACUGUACCAUGGUACUUUUUUUGUAAGGGAAGUAAUAAGAUGUUUUAAAGGGUACCAAAAAUACAUUGAGAGGAUAUCAUGAUCCCAGAGCUCAUUUUAACAUGUUGUGACAGAGACAGAGCCAUGCAAAUGUUGACAUAUCUCUGAGAUCAGCUAGAGAGCAACUAGUGCAACACAAAGCACAGGAAAGGUCAAAGGGCAAAGGUUGUAUCAGUGUUAUGAUACCGUACACUCUCUCACACACACAGACACGCACACACAAUGCUAGCACACACGAGCAAUUAUAUGAGCUCCCUGAAGCAUGAAAGUGUGGAAAGACAAGCUUUGACCAACGGUGUAAUUCUGGUCCAGAAAUGACCCACAUUUCAACACCACAUGGCUUUAAAGACAGGAAAGAGAUGCCAAACUAUUCUUUUCACAAGGUAGAGUGUUAAAAGACACAUAUUCAUAAGGCAGUAGAUUAUGAAAAAGAUUAAGACUGAAAAGGUUUCACUUAAAAAAUGGGAAUCAAAAGGUCACGUCUCGAACUAUAAAAUCGCCAGGAAGUGGUAUAUAUUGUGCAUACAAUGGCAUGUCAAGAUAAAAUGAAGAUUCUGUUACAUUGUGUUCAUUUUUGGUUGUUCCUGUACUUUAAUUUCCUAAAUUGUUCACACAGGCUUUCAGAACAUUGGUUGCAUGAGGCAUUUUUUACUGUGGGUUAAGCGUGAACUAUAAUAGUCUAGCUUUAAACUUUAAGUAUGUGCUCAAUAUUAAAAUCUGCAUUAAGAUAUACAGUACAAGGCAUUUCUGUCAACCUAAGCGUCAAUGUGGCAGUUUUAUAUGAAGUACAGUGUAACCAUUUAAAUAUAUAUAUAUAAGAAAUUAACUGGAAAAGGAAUGUUUAUCCUAUAGGAUAUCUGUUAUAGGUCAUUGAGAAAACUUGACUGGAUAUACUACAUAUUUAAAUUUAAUGUGUUAUUUAACGCGUCUUGUAUUAUAUUCUGUACGUUGCCAUGGCUAUUUGUUACUCUGUACAUUUUUUUUAAAA